CUGGCUCUCCGCCGCGCAUGGGGAGAUGCGGCAGCAGCUGGUUUCGGAGCGGCUGGAGCUCUUGCACUGCUUGCUGCUCCUGUACGAGCAGUACGGCGUUACCUGCAAGCCAGAACGCGCCCAUUCGCUGGCGAGGCUGCUGCUGGACAGGGUGUUUGUUUCCGUACAGGUCGCAGGCGGCGGUGUAGCCGCUGACGCCGUGCCUACUGCGGCGGGCGAGGCCGCUGCUGCCGCCGACUCGCCCGCGGUGCUGAGUCAGCAGCUCGCUGCGUUGCUGCUGCUGAGCUGUCUGGACCUGCCGGGGCAUGUGCAGCUGGCGACGGCGACGGCGCCGCCAACAGGUGGUGCCGUGGAGGCUCUGCUGCCGCUGGGCGGCAAGACCAUGGACCUGCAGAAUCAGCUCAGCCAGUACGCAGCCACGCCUAGCACGGCAUUGUUGCUGAUGACAUGGGCGGGGUGCCUGCGGUUGUUGGACGCCGGCGGCGCGGGGCAUGUGAUACGGGACCUGGAUGGAGCGGCGAGGGACCUCGAGACGCGCGCGGCUGCAGCUGGCGGCCUGACGGCGGCGGCGGCAGCGGUGACGGCGCUGUGCUCCGCGGCGGGUGGCGCGCUGCUGCUGGUGUACCAUUCGGUGGUCAUCAAGGCGCUAUGCGUGCUGUGUACGGCAUUCGAUCUGGGUGUGGACACGCUGGAUCCGGCCAUGUACGACGUCGUGAUCUCCCUGCUGAAGCUUUGCGUGGAAGGCGACGCGCACGCAUGCGCGUCCUUAUGGGACGAGUCCUCCGCCGCCACCGCGCCGCUGAGAUCCCUGCUGGCCGCC